UAGAGCUUGUGAUGCAGUCUUUGUUUACUGUACUUCUGUAUUGUGUUGUACCUGUAUGUGUCGUAUCACUUAAUCAUAAAGGCGAGCACCUCCUUAAAUAAUUUAUGAAGAAAAUCUUAAGGGCAUGACUUUUUAUGACCCGGAAGUGUUAUAAUGUGUGCUCCCUGUGUGUGAUUAAAGUUUUAGUUCUCGUAGGACAUGCUGUACGUUGUAAACAGAGAAUACAAAUGCCGUAAGGACUUCUUUAUGUGAAAUAUAUGAAGAAAAAUACGAGUGUCUACUUACGAAGUGGAAUAUCGAGAUGUCAAAGUGAGGGGGUUUACAAGAGUCAAGGAUAAAGGAGCACAAAUACACUUUGGUAGAGUGGAUGUAACUAACUGUGAAGAAUAAUUUAGUUUGCUAAAGAUUUAGUGGAGACAUGUUUGCUACUGUAUUAUCUUUAGCAUGCAGAGAUCUGCAGCUGAAGGGCAGACCUGGGCUACAAACAUUGCAAAUGACGUCUUCCUUGAGGCGAUCAUAUGGAACUACUGAAAAUAAUCCAAGUAGUAAAGAAGAGGCUCCCCUCUACGAUGUCGUCAUUUCCGGAGGGGGAAUGGUGGGAAGUUCUAUGGCAUGUGCUUUAGGUUAUGAUCCCAACUUUUGUGGAAAAAAGAUCCUCCUGCUGGAAGCUGGCCAUAAAAAAAAUUUGGACAUAAUGCCUGAUACUUACAAUAACCGUGUGAGCUCUCUUACCCCUGGAUCUGCAACUCUUCUCAGCAGUUUUGGUGCCUGGGAACAUAUCUGCCAGAAGAGGUACAGACCAUUCAAACGCAUGCAGGUCUGGGAUGCCUGCUCUGAUGCCAUGAUUACAUUUGAUAAGGAGGGUUUGGAAGACAUGGGUUAUGUUGUGGAGAAUGACCUUAUUCUGACAGCACUGACAAAGCAGUUGGAUGCAAUUGCAGAUCGAGUAAAGGUACUUUAUCGAAGCAGAGUUGUUCGCUACAAAUGGCCGUCCACGUACCAGGAAGCAGAUGCAAGCCCCUGGGUUCAAAUUGAGUUGGCCGAUGGUCACCAUUUACAGACUAAGCUGCUGAUUGGAGCAGAUGGCCCAAACUCCAUGGUACGCAAGUCAGGUGGAAUACAAACUGUCCAGUGGAACUAUGACCAAUCAGCUGUUGUGGCCACUCUCCACCUUUCCGAGCCCACAGAAAACAAUGUUGCUUGGCAAAGAUUUCUGCCGUCAGGACCCAUUGCAUUGCUUCCGCUGUCGGAUACCCUAAGUUCCCUGGUGUGGUCCACUUCUCAUGAACAUGCAUCACAGCUGGCUAGUCUGGAUGAGGAGAGCUUCACUGAUGCUGUUAAUUCUGCUUUUUGGAGUAAUGAGAACCACUCAGAGUUUAUUGACACAGCAGGCUUUAUGUUCCGGUCUUCUCUGUCUAUUCUGAAUCCAACUGGAACAUCUACUCGACAGUUACCUCCCAGUGUGUCCAAAGUUGACCCUAACAGUCGUGCCACAUUUCCCUUGGGACUUGGCCAUGCUGCAGAAUAUAUUGGUUACAGACUGGCUCUUAUUGGAGAUUCUGCACACAGAGUGCAUCCUCUAGCCGGUCAGGGUGUGAAUCUUGGCUUUGGAGAUGUAGCGAGUCUUGCACACCAUCUUAGUAGAGCUGCCUUUGAUGGAAAGGAUUUAGGCUCAACAAGGCAUCUCCUGCAGUAUGAAACUGAGCGGCAGAGACAUAAUCUACCUAUGAUGGCUGCCAUUGAUCUGCUGAAGAGGCUGUAUUCUACCAAUAAUGCGCUGUUUGUACUCCUCAGAACAAUGGGAUUGCAGGCAACAAAUGCCGUUGUCCCUAUGAAGGAACAGAUUAUGGCUUUUGCCAGCAAAUGAGUUGUUUCAGAUGUCCAGACUUCAGGCAACAGAACAUUAUCAAAAUAUGAUGACAUUUGUGCUUUGAAAUUUUUAUAAUUUUGCUCCUCAUUAAUAAUGGAUGUGAAGUGAAUUAUUUUGAGUAAAAUAAAAUAUAUUUAUGGACCA